AUUUUUCAUGCAAAACAAAAUAAUUAAAUAGUGAUGAUAAGUAAGUUUGAUACUGAUUGAUUACUUGGUUAAAAUUUGAUUUUCCGAAGGGAUUAUCCCUCAUUUUUUCAAUAUCAAUAUUAAACGGUAAUUUGGAGUUGAAAGUUCAUGACGAUGAAGAUUAUUGGAUCAGUGAAUCGUUACUCGAAGUUGUUCAAAAUGAGUAUCUAGUGAAGCAGAACAUCUCGUCCGAAUUAUUCUUACAAGUGAUAUUGGAUCUUAAAUGAAUAAACAAUAUGUUCUAAAUUCAACUUUAGAAGAUUCGAGGAUUACGUCGUAUUCAUUAACAUAAUGGAAGAUUAUAAAUUCCUUUUCAAAGUAGUUCUCGUAGGAAAUGCUGGUGUAGGAAAAACAUGUCUAGUUCGCAGAUUCACACAGGGUUUAUUUCCACCAGGUCAAGGUGCCACGAUUGGCGUUGAUUUUAUGAUUAAAACCAUAGAUAUCGAUAACGAAAAAAUUAAAUUACAAAUUUGGGACACUGCUGGUCAAGAAAGAUUUCGUUCCAUAACUCAGAGUUAUUAUCGUUCAGCUCAUGCCUUAAUAUUAGUCUAUGAUAUAAGUUGUCAGCCAACUUUCGACUGCUUGCCAGAUUGGCUUCGAGAAAUCGAAGAAUAUGCUAACAGCAAAGUGCUUCGUGUUCUUGUUGGUAACAAGCUCGACAUCGAAGAUCGUGAAAUCCCUACCGAAGUUGGAGAACAAUUUGCUCAAAGGCAUAACAUGUAUUAUCUAGAAACAUCAGCUAAAGAAGCAGAAAACGUGGAAAAACUUUUUAUACAAAUUGCUGCCGAAUUAAUGGAGCAAGCUCGUUGUAAAGAAUUGCCUAGGUACGAUAAUGGUAGCGAAUCUAUCGAUCCUAAAGCUACAACUAUACGAACGAAUCCGUGCUGUAGUAACUGAAGCUUAUGUUUUCGAAAUGUGUUAGCAAAAUAUAAUUACGUUAUUUUUUAUAUUAUUGCCAUGACACAGCGAAAUUCCGAAAAAAAUCUGUACUUAAUAUAUUUACGAAUGUUUUGUAAGAACGUUUUCGUGUUAUCUUAAGUAGGUCUCUCUUUUUUUUAUCGUAGCACCUCCAUUUCAGUAUUAUUUUUUGAACGAUUCCUACGUUUAUUUUUUAAGUCGAUUUUAAUUGUUUUAAGAACAUUUCGCAUCUUUCUUUUUAUUUACGGGGUGAAGUCUUUCAUGUUUUUUUCCCCUUCACGUUCAACUAUUACAUUACCCGGUGCGCUUGCUUUAAUGAAUUUUGAUUCUGAAUCCAUUCCAAACCAUGUGGUAGUAUCGUCAUUUUUCUACAUUUUUAAUAUCAAAUUGAUAAUAUUUCGGAUUACAUUCAUGAUUGGCGAUUUUUGCGGACCAAUAUUCUAUCUCGUUCUAAAUGAACUCAAAAAAUUAAGUUUUCGAUGAUGGCAGCUCAUGGUUAAUUUUGUUGUUGAUUUUUUUUUAUUAGUGUUUGUGUUUAAAAAACCUCGAUUAGGUUUUUGUUUUCGUUAAUUUUGAAAAAUUAUAGUUUUAUUUUCGCAUUUUCAUCACGAAAUGGGCUUUAUUAAAUAUCGAAAUUGAUUUUUCGUUUCAACUUAAUAGGUUUAAGUGAUUUUUUUAAUAUGUUCCUACUGCGGUACUACAUAAAAUCCAGGUUACCUAAAUGUGUAUGAUAUAAUUCACUUUAACGAUUAAGAUUUACAACGCGUAUAUACUUAAUAUUUAAUUGUAUUUUGUAUUGUAAAAAAUCGUUCGUUUUCAAAACCACGUUUUUUUAUAUACAUUAUUCGCAUUUUUAAUUCUUUAACUGUACGAAAAGACUGUAAUUUUUCUCGGAAAAAUUCAUGCUUCUGUUUUCGUAAGUACAUUGCAUACUUAAUAUUUGAAUUUGUUGCUGUGCUUCGGCGUAUUUUAUUUUAUAAAUUAUUUUCAGCAAGCUAUGACAAAGUGUUGAUAAAGUUAACGCAGUGUGAUUUUUUUUCUCUCUUAUCAAACUUACACGUUAUGUUUUUUUUUUUAAAUUGCGUCCUUGUAUGUACAUAGUUUUAACGACAAUCUUAGUUCUUAGUAGUUUUUAAUAAUGUAAUUGUAACUUAUGAUUAGUUGUAAACAUAUGCGAUGUUACCAGUGUUUAGAGAUGCUAAUUUUUGUUAAUGUUUAUUAGUUAACAUAUCACGUUCAGCUUUAUUUCAACUAGUGCAAUAUAUUCACAUUCCAAAGUUUCGACUUUAAUUAUAUGUAUUCGAUGUUCUA